UACUCGAUAAAAUUCGAGUUGGUAACACUGGCUCUGUUAAUCUUUUAUUAUUGUUUUCCAAAACUAUUUCUAACUUCUAAGUUCUAGUUGACUAGUUGUAGUUUAUAAUUAUUCGUAGGAACUAGGAAGUAACCAGUAGUAUAGUUAGUGGUACUACUAGGCAAUUACCAAUGAGAAAUCUGUGAUAGGGAUUAUAAUGAAACUAGGUAUUAUACUAUUGUGUAAAACUAUUUUACAUAAUCUCUUAUUGUAUAGGUAGGCAAGGCAUCUGUGACUUUCAAGUUUUACAUGGCCUAUGUUCAGUGAACAUAUUCUGUGAAAAUGCUGGGCGGAAAUGUAAUGUGGUUUCGUCAUGGGCUGCGGCUUCACGACAACCCAGCCCUGCGUCAGGCCUUGCAAGACCGAAGAACGCCGUUCUUUCCUAUCUUUGUGUUUGAUGGGGAAACUGCUGGUACGAAAGUAGUGGGUUACAACCGUAUGCGGUACUUGCUGGAGGCUUUAGAGGACCUAGACAACCAGUUCCGUCAGUAUGGCGGGAGACUGCACAUGAUCAAGGGAAAACCAGUUGAUGUGUUUAGACGUCUUUGGGAGGAGCUUGGAAUAAAUAAGCUGUGUUACGAGCAAGAUUGCGAGCCGAUAUGGCGUGAGAGAGAUGAAAGUGUACGAGCUACUUGCAAGCAGAUCGGUGUUGAGUGCCACCAUUUUGUGUCGCACACUCUGUGGGACCCUGAUACUGUGAUACGAGUCAAUGGAGGAAUCCCACCGCUGACAUAUCAGAUGUUUUUGCACACGGUAACAAUAAUUGGCGACCCUCCACGGCCGGUGGAUGAUGUGGAUCUCAGAAUGACGAACUUUGGUGUGCUGCCUGACUGCUUCUAUAAGGAAUUUGUAGUUUUUGAGAAGACGCCAAAACCCGAAGAUUUUGGUGUGCAUUUGGAGAAUGACGAUAUAAGAAUGAUUCGAUGGGUAGGCGGUGAGCGAGCUGCCUUGACACAGAUGCAGCAAAGAUUGGCUGUGGAACAUGAAACAUUCCGCAAGGGUUCCUAUCUUCCAACUCACGGCAAUCCUGACUUGUUGGGUCCACCGAUAUCACUCAGCCCUGCGCUUCGGUUCGGAUGUCUGUCCGUCAGGAAGUUUUAUUGGUCGCUUCAGGAUUUGUUCCAAAGCGUGCAUCAGGGACGGAUGUCAAGCCAGUUUGUCACAGGUCAGCUGAUUUGGCGGGAGUACUUUUACACAAUGAGUGUAAAUAAUCCGAAAUAUGCGCAAAUGGAAGGAAAUCCCAUCUGCCUUGAUAUUCCUUGGAGAGAACCUCAUGGAGAUGAGCUGCAAAGGUGGGAGGAAGGUCGUACAGGUUUCCCAUUCGUGGACGCAGCGAUGCGACAGCUCCGUACUGAGGGUUGGCUGCAUCACGCACUGCGUAAUACGGUGGCCUCGUUCCUCACACGUGGUACUCUUUGGUUAUCUUGGGAACAUGGCUUGAAACAUUUCCUCAAAUAUCUGCUGGAUGCGGACUGGUCAGUGUGCGCUGGUAACUGGAUGUGGGUGUCAUCGAGUGCGUUUGAAGCCUUGUUGGAUUCGGGCGAGUGCGCCUGCCCUGUGAGGUUGGGACAACGGCUGGAACCGAGCGGACAGUACGUGAGGCGAUACAUACCGGAACUGACAAAUAUUCCGGAUAAAUAUAUUUAUGAGCCAUGGAGAGCCCCAAUAGAAGUACAGCAGCGUGCGGGAUGUAUAAUAGGUCGGGACUACCCUCCUCCCAUAAUAGAUCAUCUUGAAGCUGCUGAAAGAAACCAAGGUGCUAUGCGGGAAUUGCGCCUUAUGCUUGACAAAGCUCAGCCUCAUUGCUGUCCCUCAUCGGAGGAAGAAAUCAGACAGUUCAUGUGGCUCCAAGAUGUACCGCAUCUCGAUGUCUCGACAUAAAUAUGACCAAAGAUAACUUAUGUGAUAAUUCUUCUUCAUAAAAUAAUGCUUUUUAAAUGUCUAGUAGUCUUGAAUGUCUUAGAUAGUUUAAUUAAAAUUUAAUUUAGUACCUAAUUAAAAUUGCAGAUAGUUUGUGUCCUACUUGACUAGAAAUAAAGUAAGAAAUGGUAACCUGGUCAUAAUAAGCAUUCCUAUGAAAUGUAAUCUCAACCAUUGUAUUUUCAUAACUUAAUUUAACUAUAAACUAAUAUAUAACUUUUAAUUACUGUCCAGGUUUAUUU